GCUCUAAGCCAAGAAACUACUGAUCGCGAACCUCUUGUCAUACCUAUACGAGGGCCUUUUGCGCAGUUUCCUGCUCUGGUCACUGCCGACAAAUUCCCACUUUUUCCAUUCACUGAGCAAUUCAACACCGGAAUGGAACUUAAUCCCGCGAAUAAAGUGUCACUUGCUGGCGACGUGAACAUUCCUGUACCCGGUUGGGGUAACUGGGACAUGGAUGGGAAUCUCUAUGCUGGCCAUAUUAACAUCGACAUUAAGACGGGUUAUCAAACAGCUCCAAAAAAUCCGCUGAACAUCAAACCGGAGACGUUAGCGCUAUUGGCGCAAAAUCCUGAGUUCAGGGAGGCUAGAAGGAAGGCCAAGGAAGUGGAUGUUGGAAGAAUACCUUAUGGAUACGAGCCAAGCAAAUGCAAACCACCUUAUUGUAACCCAUUUGUACACCACACAGGAGUAGCAACAGAGGUUGAACAAGGUGAUGAUUUUUUCUUCGUUGGUGGCAUUGACUUUCCCGUACCGUCUGGAAAUGCUGGUGGUGGCGUUCGUUUUCCCUUAUCUGGAGCAUUCGAAUAUGGUACGUCACCAUAUUCAUAUGCUCAUGGAAGCGCUUUCAACCCAGUAUCACCGUUUGAUUUGAAAUCUUUGGAAGAUGACGAAUUGCCAGAAUUUAAUCCGAAAAAAGUUGCGAGUAAGAAGAUGAAAAUCAACAAGAAGGAAUUUCACAAGAAAUUUUAUGACAAGCUUCCUCAAUAAUA